UACCAGUCCUACUUCAAGACCAUCGAGGAGCUCCAGCAGAAGAUCCUGUGUACCAAGUCUGAGAAUGCCAGGCUUGUGGUGCAGAUUGACAAUGCCAAGCUGGCCGCGGAUGACUUCAGAACCAAGUACCAGACCGAGCUGUCCCUGCGGCAGCUGGUGGAGUCGGACAUCAACGGCCUGCGCAGGAUCCUGGAUGAGCUGACCCUCUGCAAGUCUGACCUGGAGGCCCAGGUGGAGUCCCUGAAGGAGGAGCUGCUGUGCCUCAAGAGCAACCACGAGCAGGAGGUCAACACCCUGCGCUGCCAGCUUGGAGACCGCCUCAACGUGGAGGUGGACGCUGCCCCCACUGUGGACCUGAACCAGGUCCUGAACCAGACCAGGAGUCAGUAUGAGGCCCUGGUGGACACCAACCGCAGGGAAGUGGAGCAGUGGUUCGCCACGCAGACCGAGGAGCUGAACAAGCAGGUGGUGUCCAGCUCGGAGCAGCUGCAGUCUUAUCAGGCGGAGAUCAUCGAGCUGAGACGCACGGUCAACGCCCUGGAGAUCGAGCUGCAGGCCCAGCACAACCUGCGAGACUCUCUGGAAAACACGCUGACGGAGAGCGAGGCCCGCUACAGCACCCAGCUGUCCCAGGUGCAGAGCCUGAUCAGCAAUGUGGAGUCCCAGCUGGCGGAGAUCCGCGGUGACCUGGAGCGGCAGAACCAGGAGUACCAGGUGCUGCUGGACGUGCGUGCCCG